GUUUCCUUUCCUUACUAAAACCCUACGUUUCUCCGGCCGCCGUUGAUUUUCCCGCGGCCGUUUCCGCCGUCAAUUUCCGAUUUAAGCAGGAUUGAGGCUAAUUCCUUCUUUUUAUCGUGCUCAUCGCUGUCGGCUUCUCUACCGGCGUUACAUCGACCAGCCAGACUCUUCCCCAUUUGACUGCUCCACUGAUUCAAUCGCUCUUUCAGAUUCUGGAAGUUGUGACUCAGUACCUCCCUGCAACGAAUUAGCAUCCUGCCAGUAUGUCUAUUGCAUCAUCAUUUACUUCAGCCACAAUCUGUGGCGCCUCAGUUUUUCCUAAAGCAUUAGCCUGCAGCUCUGAGUUCCCAAGCAAUCUUCACAGUCCUUUUGAAAGUUCAAAGAUUUGUUUGACUACUUCAUUUCCUGCCUCUAGGGAUCCCAAGAAAAAUGCUACUUGGAAUCUGACCCGAAAUGUUGGUCCGGUCCAAGGAAUUAGGUGUCAUGCUAUGCAAGCAGCUGGAACGAGGGAAUUUAAGAAAUUUGAACUUAGUGAUGUGAUUGAAGGGAAACAAUUUGAUAGGGAGAUGCUAAGCGCUAUAUUCGAUGUUGCACGAGAAAUGGAAAAGAUAGAAAAGAGCUCUUCCCAAAGUGAAAUACUCAAGGGUUAUUUAAUGGCUACCCUCUUUUAUGAGCCUUCUACCCGUACCAGGCUUUCAUUUGAAUCUGCCAUGAAACGCCUUGGAGGUGAAGUCUUAACUACUGAGAACGCUAGAGAGUUUUCGUCUGCCGCGAAAGGGGAAACACUAGAAGACACAAUAAGAACAGUGGAGGGUUAUUCAGAUAUAAUUGUGAUGCGACAUUUUGAAAGCGGUGCUGCAAGAAAAGCUGCAGCUACUGCCAAUAUACCUGUCAUUAAUGCAGGUGAUGGUCCUGGAGAGCAUCCUACUCAGGCUCUAUUGGACGUAUAUACCAUCCAAAGUGAAAUUGGAAAAUUAGAUGGCAUCAAUGUUGCCUUAGUUGGAGAUCUUGCCAACGGAAGGACAGUCCGGUCUCUUGCAUACUUGCUUGCUAAGUUUAAAGACGUGAAGAUCUACUUUGUUUCCCCUGAAAUUGUGAAAAUGAAAGAUGAUAUAAAAGACUAUUUGACGUCAAAUGGGGUCGAAUGGGAAGAAAGUUCGGAUUUAAUGGAAGUAGCAUCCAAGUGUGAUGUAGUUUAUCAAACCCGAAUCCAAAGAGAGAGGUUUGGAGAAAGGCUUGAUCUUUACGAAGCAGCUCGUGGGAAGUAUAUCGUAGACAAGGAUCUGUUAGGAGUAAUGCAGAAAAAAGCUAUUAUCAUGCAUCCUUUACCGAGAUUGGAUGAAAUUACUGCAGAUGUUGAUGCUGAUCCAAGAGCUGCCUACUUCAGACAAGCAAAGAAUGGUUUGUUCAUUAGAAUGGCUCUUCUGAAGCUACUGCUUGUCGGUUGGUGAUGGAUGGUUCAUGGUCGUUAAGUUAAAUCCUUCAAUGAACUGAAUCUCAAGCCUAUCAUCAGCACAAGGACUCUGCAAUAAUAAAACCCGAAGCUUAAGGGAUUUUUGAGUGUUAAGCACAAUAGCUGUGUGAUUUUGAUGUUACUUAAAAGAACAAAAAGAAGGAUCUGUUGGUUUGUUGGUUAAAAGACUGAUAUGAGGAAGAGUUGUUGAACUUUAUGAAUAAUUGAUUUGAGCUAUU